UUUAGAGAAAAUUGGCUUUCAGGCACAUCGAAUUAUUUUCAUUUCUGCUAAAUAAAGUAGCCAAAAUGCUCUCGCGGUUAUUAAAAGAACACCAAGCGAAACAAAACGAAAGGAAGGAGCUACAAGAAAGACGAAGAAGAGAAGCAAUAGCAGCUGCUACAUGUUUAACUGAAGCUCUGGUGGAUCAUCUCAAUGUAGGUGUGGCGCAGGCCUACGUCAAUCAACGCAAGCUGGACCAUGAGGUGAAGACACUGCAGGUUCAGGCCGGUCAGUUUGCCAAGCAGACGGCACAGUGGAUCAACAUGGUGGAGAACUUCAACCAGGCUUUAAAGGAAAUCGGAGACGUGGAGAAUUGGGCGCGCAGUAUCGAGAUGGACAUGCGGACGAUUGCCACAGCUCUGGAGUAUGUGCAUAAAGGCCCGGUCCAGCCGGCAUCCACAUGAGCACACAGACUUUGAAGGUCCAAAGUGGACCAAUACACUUAAACCAUUGAUAAAACCUGGACUCUUGUUUGCUUUAGUGAAGCACUGCUGGGACGCCUGUUGAUUUAUGUACGGUUCAUUUUCAUUUGUGUUUUGUAUGAUAUCAAAUGUGUUUGCGUAAUAAAAUAAGUGCCAUAAUUGUUGCAUUUGAGCCUAACAUUACAUUUCUCCUCACAUAUUACAGAUAUUCUCCAGUGCAGAUUAGCUUCAAUGCUUUAGCAUGCCAUUUGGCCAACAUUUGUCAUGUUUUUCAUUCAACCUCAGUAAUGAAUGUAAAGUUCCAAGAUUAUAAAGGCUUAUUUUAGCUUUUAUAGACACAAUCACGAGCCAAAAUAGAUUUUAUACGUUUUUUUGUGGGAUUUCACGGUUUGCUAGUUUGUGUAACCCGUUUUAAGCUGUGCACACACCGUGACGCUAUAUAAUCCACAUUUCUAGCUACAACAAAGGUCUCUCAGAUUCACGGGAUUAACUUCAUUUAUGUAAGGUGAAAGAGUAAAACUUGACAAAAAUGUGUGGAACAUGCCAGAUUGCACAUACUUGCUCUGUUGGAAUACUUCUGGUGGAUUUUUAUGCUUGAUUUUUUUCAACAUUUCUAUGAUGAUUUACAAAAGACAUCCACUAAAAUGUCACUCAGUGAAACUAAUAGUUCAUAUACUAAAUAAAUCAUGUAUAGUGGAUUUAAAACAGGAAAUAUUUGAUGAAAGAGCACAAAACUAUGAAUUUUUACACUUCAAAUCACUAGGUUUUGCUUGUUUAUCAGCUUUAUAGUUCGUUUAAAUGAUCACUUAUUUUGUUUAUGUUUAAACAAGGUCAAAUCUGACAAAAAAACGUCAUUAUUAUGAAUUAUUUGACACAGAGUGACAUUAUAAAGUUAUUUCACCAAUAUUUCAACAUUUUUCAGUAACAUCAAAUAUUCCACGUGGUCUUUAAAUCAAUAAGGUCAAACAACAUCAUCCACAACAAUGUGAACAAAAAUAGCAAUUGUUUCAAGCCGCAGUAAACGGAAAAAUGCCACAAUGUCACACUCUUGUCAUUGCUUAGAAUUGCCUGUCAACCAUCCAAAAACAAAUUCAAUCAACCUAAAAAUAAAGCGGAUUGGCAAGAUUCUCCCUCAAA